AUGCAGCGGCCGCGCUCCCUCAGUGCUUUUUUGGCCCUCGAGGCCGUCUUUGGCGAGUCCCUGGCGCCGCCAGCAGGCAGCACCCUGCGGGCCAGCGCGGCGCUCGAGCUGCAAGCCCGACCAAACGGCAACAUGCCGGAUGACGACGGGGCUCAUCACCACCAGCUGCACCACCAGCCGCAGCAGCAAGAGGAUUUUCAGGAAGGGCACUUGGCGGGUGAUCCAGCGGCGCACUCAUGGCAGCUCCAGGAGCAACAGCAGCAGGGCCUGCAGUGGCCGCAGCCCCCGCCGGCCCCGCGCCAGCCGACCUCGACGCAAACGCUGCUGCUGCCGGCGGCGCUGCUCGCGCGCAACGGCAGCCCCAGCCCCGCCAACGGCGCCGCCGCGGACGACGGCUAUUCAGCGGGCAAGGCGCGCGUGCCCUGGCCCAAGCUGCUGCGCCGCCACUGGUUCGCGCUGCGGCGCUCCGCCACGUCCGGCCCCGCAGCGGCGCUCGCUGCGGCGGCGGCGGCGCUGCUGCUGAUGGCACUGCUGGCUGUCUUAUAUUCAAAAAGCGUGGCGGCAGGCUGGCAGCUCGGCGCCGCGCCGCCACCUGCCGCGGGCCACUUGAUCUUCCUCGACGCCGGCAGCACCGGCACACGCGCCCACGUGUUCAGAUACGAGGCUCCCGGCCGCAAAGGGGGCGGCCAGGACGCAUACGCGAGGAUCGUCCUGCCCGAGCCAAAGCUCAAGGUCGAGCCGGGCCUGUCCCACUUCGCCCCCGACCCCGCCGGCGCCGCCGCGUCGCUGCGCCCGCUGCUCGACUUCGCGCGCGAACACGUGCCGCCCGCCGCGCGCGCCGCGACGCCGGUGCGGCUGAUGGCGACGGCCGGCCUGCGGCUGCUGCCCGGCGGUGCGGCGGCGGCUGUGCUCGACGCGUGCAGGCGGGAGCUUGCAGCUUCAGGCUUCCUGUUCCGGCCUGAGUGGGCGGAGGUGAUCAGCGGGCGCGCCGAGGGGCUGUUCGCGUGGGCGGCCGCGAAUUACGCGGCGGGGGCGCUGGAGGAGGCCGCGGCAGCGGCGGCGGUGGCGCGCAAGUCGCCGCGCGACUGGGGGAAGUUUUCGGGGCUGCUCGAGCUGGGGGGCGCGUCGGCGCAGGUAACAUACCUGCUAGUGGACAAGGAGCGGCAGCAGGAGCAGCAGCAGCAGCAGCAGGAGCAGCAGCAGCAGCAGCAGGAGCAGCAGGAGCAGCAGGAGCAGCAGGAGCAGCAGGAGCAGCAGCAGCAAGGGCAGUGGCGGGGGCAGGCGCAGGGGCAGCAGCAGGCAGCAGGACAGGGACGGACAGAGGGCGGUGGCCGCAUGAACCCCAGGGAAGAUUUAGAGGACGAGCCGUGGGGCCAGCGGCGGCAGCAGCAGCAGCAGCAGCAGCAGCAGCAGCAGCAGCAGCAGCUUGAGCGGCGCCGCAGGUCGCGGCGCGAGCGGCGGAAGCACAUCCACCUGCAGCUGCCGGGCGUCACCAAGCGCCUUUUCACCCACAGCUACCUGGGCUAUGGCUUUGAUGUCCUGGAGGCCAAGCUGGCAGCAGCUCUGCACCCCGACAACGCCGUGCACGGCGCUGCUGCGGCGACCCCGGGCAGCGCCGCCGCCGUGGCGGCAGCGGACCCAUGCCUUCCGAACGGGUACAAAUCAAACGACGGCCGUGUCGGCGUCGGCGACUGGCAUGAAUGCCAGCGGCGCUUGGCGGCGGCCAUGAACCCAGACGGCUGCCGCAUGCGCGUGUCGUACGCAGAGGCUGUCGCGAUCGCCCCGGGCGGUGCGGGUAGCAGCAGCAGCGGCGGCGGUCACGGCGCCGGCAGCCUAGACAGCGGCAGCCCAGACAUCGGCAGCGCAAACAGCGGCGGCGGCGGCGGCGGCGUCAGCUGCCCGGAGUUCCCGGAGUCGCCGCCGCCGCUGCCCCCGACGCUGCUCGCCACCGAGAACUUCUUCUACACCGCCGCGGCGCUCUCCCUCCCGCCGCGCGCUGACCUGGCGGCCCUCGAGGCGGCCGCGGCCGCUUUCUGCGCGCGGCCGUGGGAGGAGACGCUCGCAUCCUGGGCCGCCGCCGGCGCCGCGCUCGGCGCCGGCGGCGGCGCGGCGGAGCAGCAUGCGGGGCAGCAGCGGUUCCUCUGGCGCUACUGCUUCGGGUCGGCCCUGGUUUGGACGCUGCUGCACGACGUGCUGAAGGUGCCCCAGGGGCAGCAGCUGCUGUUUACGAACACGCUGACGAGGCGGGACGGGGCAGAGGUCGGGCUGGACUGGGCGCUUGGAGCGGCGGUGUGCGCCCUCAUGGGCUGCACUGUGGACGACGGCGGCGGCGGCGGCGGCGGCGGCGGCGGCGGCGGCGGCGGCAGCGCGGUGGACCGGAAACAGUUCAUCGAUCCGUCAUUCGCGUCGCCCGCCGAAGCGUACCAGGACUGCCCCCUGCCCAUCGGCUACGCCCAGACCAUCUCCGCGCCCCACAUGCACGCCAUAUGCCUGGAGCUCCUGGAGAGGCACUUGGUGCCGGGCGCCCGCGCGCUCGACGUCGGCAGCGGCAGCGGCUACCUGGCAGCUGCCAUGGCCCUCAUGGUGUCACCCGGCGGCCACGUCCUGGGUGUCGAGAAAGUGCCCGAGCUCGCGGCGCGGUCGGUUGACAGCGUCCGCGCGGCCGUGCCCGGCCUGCUGCCGGAAGCUGCUGCCACGGCGCACGCGGCGCGGCGCGGCAGCAGCGCGGGCGACAACGCGGCGCCGGCGGGGGCGGCUCCAGGGGACGGCGGCGGCGGCGGCGGGGGCGACGGGGUGCGGGAGGCGGCGGCGGCACCGGUGCUGGAGAUUGUGCACGGCAAUGCGUUAUCCAGCCUCCUGCAUGGAGAGCCGUCCUUUGACGCAAUCCACGUGGGGGCGGCGGCCGACGAGCUGCACGCCAUGCUGGUGGGCGCCCUCGCGCCCGGCGGCCGCAUGGUCAUCCCCAUCGGGCCGCGCUACUCGAGCCAGCUCUUGACCGUGGUGGAUAAGGCGCGCGACGGCACCGUCACGACGCGCCCCAUGAUGGCGGUGGGCUACGUGCCACUCACGCGGCCCGGGGAGAUGGAGGACGGCUUCGCGCCCGCCUCCAGGCGCUGA